AGAUAACGAACAGUGAUCAAUCUCAUAACUCCUACAAGCAAUACAAAAUAGAUAGUUGGGCAAACACGGACCCUGGACACACCAGAGGUGGGAUCAGGUGCCUAGGAGGAGUAAGCAUCCCCUGUUGACCGGUCACACCCGCCGUGAGCCCCAUAUCCUGAUCAGAUUUAAAUUCCAUUCAGUAUGUUUUCUACGUUUGGAAUGUGCAGUCAAUUGCUGAUGUUAGUGAUUUUCUUUGGAUUCGUGACUUCUGCUGAUGACUCUGAUCCUUGUUCCGUCGGAAAUCAUCAAGAAUUGGGAGACCUUCUGAAGAGAAGUACUUCUUUUGUUGUGGACUCUGUCCCUCUGUGUGAUCGCUAUCUGACGCCGGGGUGGUACAGCGCACCUACUUUCCUAAUGCCUACCUCACCUCCUACGCUUGGGAAAUGCGGAACUUUAUACCCAUUUUACAUGAAUGGCAUACUCCCGGCAGCUGUUGGCGAUGAGAUCGAUGUGCAAAUUUGUGGGAUUGGAUUUGCGAGUCAUUGUCAGAAUAGUGUCACCAUCAAAAUCAAACGAUGUCAAUCUUUUCUUGUUUACAACCUCGUUCCUCUGGAAUCUUGCAACUCAGCGUACUGUUUUGAAAAAAUUGGAGAUGAAGACUGUGUCGCAGAAACGCCAACAAACCCAAACGUUACUUAUCAUGGUGUAUCCUAUACAAAAAACACGAACAGUCCUACCGCCCCCGAGGGAUCCAUUCAGUGGAACCCUAUAGUACAGCUACGGUGUGUGUUUGAUCCGCUCCCUGACAGUUCUUUGUAUUACCAUGUUCAGUGGUAUGUGGACAACACCAAGAUUACUAACGACCAAGUCAUGAACUCCUCCUCGCUAAACGAGGCCUUGUUUACCACUGAGGAUUUAUGGAAAGCGGGGAAGAAGAUAGGAUGUUUGAUUCAUUGUGCCGUUGGAGCAAAGAAAUCGCUCGACAGUUACCCCUGCAAUUUGACGUCUAGUUCCACUUUCUUUGCUGGAAUUGAGGUUUUAACAACAUCGAUUGACAUGGAAAGAAAAGGAGAAGCAACUGUACGUGUUCGUCCAACAAUUCCUUAUACUCGUCCUACGUUAGAAUUUCCUUAUCCUUCAGUCCUGCCGCAUGAUUUUCUUCCCAUUGCGCUAAACUUUCCUGAUGACAUUAAAGGAGACUGUACCGUUAAUGGCGCGGCUAAUCUUUGUGACAUUAAGAUACCGAGUAUUCCUUAUCAAGAAAGACACAAGUACGAUAAUCGAAGUAACUGGUAUAAAGAGUAUACGAUGACCAUCUACAAUAAAGAUGACCUUGGAUAUCGAAUAAAUAACAUUAUGAUUCUGCGACUGAAAUCUGGCGGAAGCGACGAAGAGGCAGCAUCAGUAUUUAACGGUGUCGCUCUACCUGAUAUCACGGUCAACAUUGUUGAGAAUGAAACAGAAUGGAAAGGCAAAUACUGCUAUUCUUUAGCUGACCCACAUAUGAGGACGUUUGAUACGUAUCCAUAUGAAUGCCAAGAGAAUGGGUGCAAAACUGGAUACACAUACCUUUUAUACCGUAACCAAGUACAUGACCAAGAGGUGCAAGUAAGACAUCACAAAUGCAUGUUUCCGACCGCAAGAUGCAUUUGUGCUUUGGCUGUUCGAUCUGGUAAGGACGUUUUUAUCUUUAACGCAUGUAACGGCCACCAAUAUAUCAGAUAUCCUGUGUGUGAUGAUAGUUCACUGAAAGUGAUAAAAGAGGCCGACAAAUCAUACAAGAUUUUUUUUCCAACCGGUACCUACGUGAAAACAACGCUCCAUUUUGACAGAGACUGGUUCCUCCAGACGUAUGUGUAUCCAUCUGUGGCGGAUGUUGACAAAAGUUCCGGUCUGUGUGGCAUUCUGGGAGGAGGGACUGUAAACGAUCUGACAAGAAGGAAUGGGGCAAUAGACGAUCCAAAUGAUUUUGAUACGAUCAACCAUCCGAAUGACUUCUCGAUGUCCUGGAGGGUAGAAGAUGAUGAAGACCUUUUGAAUCCUAAUAUGGAUCUCGACACACUGACUUCUCUGAGUCGUGUUAAAACCCCACUAUGCACGUGUAACAGUGGAAAGACGGAGUGUAAUUAUAUAAGCUACAUGGAUUGUGGGACUAUUUCAAGGGGAAAGGAAUAUCCGUGUCUAGUUCGCAAAGCCAGUAGUAGAAGAAAGAGGCACAUAAGGUUGUUAAAUGACCGUCCAGUUACACACACAGACGUACUGUUGCAGAAUGAGAGGAGUACAAAGAGAACGAAACGAGACGUCACACUCUCGGCGGAUGAAGCGACAACUAUUUGUAAUACGGCUUUUGAGCAGUCUGUCACCUACCAAACCUGUUUUGAGAACGUGGCGGACUUCUCCAACAAUUCUAUUCAGAAUUGUGUAUUAGACGUCAUGCUGACAGGAAAUCCGAAUCUUACCUCGGUUCACAUUGAGAGCGCUAUAGACAUGUGCCAGGUCCUGAUUAAUUCCAAUGCAACCCUUCAGGAAGAACAGCCAGCCAUUACUUAUCAAGUUCUCAGUGUGUGUAUAAACAACUGUAGCGGUAAUGGACAGUGCAUUGACGGAAAUUGUACCUGUGAUCCUGGAUAUGGCGGAAGUGACUGCUAUUUUGAUAUAACAGCGCCCCCUACAAUAACAAAUGUCCUUGAAAACGGCCUCUGUGACCGCUCGGAGGAAGACUGUGAUGACGUUACGAUGUUUGGAUCUUAUUUCCUUGAAAACACCAAUACCACGUGCUUUGUGACGAGACAGGAGAUUUCAGACACUAAUACAAUGACAUCUCAGGAAUCGUACGCAGACAAGUUGGAUGCCCGGACUCUCUUUGAGGGCUCUUGUUCUCUGGUGUAUGGUAACAACGAUACCUGGGUAACAGAGUUUGUGUUCGCCCUGUCGAACGACGGAUCACGUUUUACUGAAAAUCACUCUAUUUAUGUGUACCAAUCGCAGUGCCAGACCUUUAACAACGACACUGGAAAUACAUAUUUUACUUUGCAGGAUGGAUAUUGCUACAUCAAUGGUAGGUGUAUCGGGACAGGCGAUCUCGAGUCUAAUACUUCCUGUUGGAAGUGUGAUCCUUCAGUCAACAAGUACAACUGGACAGAGGAUUGUCCAACUACAAUGGAAUCAACAGAGAUCAGCACCACGAUGUCAGAACAAACAAUAGUUUCAACAAAUGGUCCAGUGGUCACUACUGAUGAUCAGAUGUCCACAUUGCAAAGGAAGACAUUGUCACCCAAGAAAUCAAAUUUAUCAACAACAGCCAUUGGUUUAUUGGCGACAAUAUCUGUUUUGACUGUCGGGAUCGUUGUAACAUCCGGGCUAUGCAUAAAGAAGAAAUGCUCCAAUGAAAGGCCUCAGGGUAACGAUGAAUGGGAGCGGCCUCUUGGAAAACAGGUUGAACUAACUGGGCAUGCACCGCUAGCUUCGGCGUUUGAUCCUCCUGAUCUCUUUUCGUGUGGUUCCCAGGCAGAGUUUUUCUCCAGGCCUCCUUCUCGAACUUCCCUUCGACAGAAUCCCCCAACUAACGACUUCACACACAUCUUUAUCAAAGAAAGGCAACAUUUGGAUAACAUGUUUUCCGUUAAAAAAUAAUCUGCACCACUCUAUACCCCGAAACUAAUGAAAUAUACUCCUGUACAUGGAAUAUACAACAGAAUUAUCAAUGAUAACAGGUCUAACCGCGAACAUAAACUCACAUCAUUGAGGGAACUAAAUGUACUAUGUAUUGUAUGUAAAUGUCAAUUCAUAAUGAUGAAAUUGUGGGUCGGGUAUAGGAUUCAGAUGAUAUUGUGACCGGUUAUGGAAUCCUGAUGCGAUGCUAUGUCAAGAAUGGGUUCUUAUGAAAUGACAUGCCUAACACAAUGUCCUAUAAUUUAUAUGCCUCAAGAAUGGUAUUUUCUAUUAUGAUAUGUCAUGAAUGUGUGUUCUUGUGUGUGAGGACAAGGGACGUUAUUGGCUAUAUACCGCCGAGAUUUUUUUUCAGUUUUUCAACUUUCAUACUAUGCUUAAUUAUUCUUUUUAUUUACACAACUAGGAUGUUCUUCUAAUCCCACUUACAUGAAAAUGACGUAAUAUUUUAUUAUGACGUCAUGAAUAUACGCUAAAGAUGAGCUGUUUAGCGGAAUCUGUUGAUUUGAAAUAAAUUAUGAAUAAACUUUAGCAAAAACUAAUACUUUUGCAUGCAACAACCAGAUUUAUAUUUUGCAUGUUUAAUUAUCCAUUAAUAUUCUUCUUUCAUUAUCAAUAUGGUGUUGGUUGUUGGCUGCAAACAAUAUGAAUUUUAAAAAAGAAUGAAUGCGAAAUCGGCUGUUUUCGAUACACAGAGUCAAUAUUUUGCAUGCUAUAGAACUGAAAAAAAAAUUUGCAUGCAACAACCAGAUUUAUAUUUUGCAUGUUUAAUUAUCCAUUAAUAUUCUUCUUUCAUUAUCAAUAUGGUGUCCGUUGUUGGCUGCAAACAAUAUUAAUUUUAAAAAAGAAUGAAUGCGGAAAUCGGCCGUUUUCGUUACACAAAGUCAAUAUUUUGCAUGUUAUAGAACUGAAGCAAACUGUUCCAUCAUUUAACCUCAUAAACUUUUACUUUCUUUGCGAUUUAAUAAAUGUGAAGUGCUUUAUGAAUUAUUUGUAUAUUACGUUUUAUUGUUUUGAUAUAAACAUUUUCUUCUUUUGAAA